AUGAGUGAAGCUAAUUCAGGAAAAAUCAGCCUGAAGCUCCUUGUAGACAGAAAUGCCAAGCGAGUCAUCUUCGGAGAAGCUGGAAAGGAGUUCGUGGAUUUUCUUUUCCACUUUCUAUCUCUCCCAGUUGGCACAGUUGUGAAGCUUCUCUCCAAAGACAAGAUGGUUGGCUCACUGGGGAAGCUCUACGAAAGCAUCGAAGCCAUGCAUGCCAAUUACAUGGAGCCGAAUCUCAACAAGGAACAUGUUCUGAAUCCCAAAGUCUCGUCUAGCUCUCUUGCAAAUACUCCAUUCUUGUUGGGCUACCAAACUAAUGAUAAAGUAGAUGGCUCUAAAGUUUCCUACCGUUGUCCUAAUGCAUGUAAUUGUCAGUGCUGUUAUUUUGAUGGAAGUAUUAGUUAUAGUAAUUGUAAAAUUUAUGUUUGUGAUGAUCCGGAAGCUAUUUGUCCAAGUUGUCAAGGUCACAUGAGCACUAAAUUGACUUAUGUCAAUGGUCCGAGGAAGAAAGCGGUUAAAGUUGAGCAGGGAUCGGGUUAUGUCAGAGGAUUAGUAAAUUACAUGGUGAUGGAUAAUCUGAUUGUGAGGCCAAUGUCCACCAUUUCCAGCAUUAUCUUGCUCAACACUUUUAAGGUCAAAGACUUGUCAGCCCUGGAGUCCAAGGAGGUUUUCAUCGGAAAAGAGGAGGCUGUGGAGAUGCUGAAAGCUUCGUUUGUCACGGACAAAGUAUUAACUUCACUGUUUCUUGGGAAUCAGAAGCCAUAG